GCAUGUCUGUAGUUUAUGUUUUCAUUAUUUUAAUAAUCCGUUAAUCUUUUGAAUUUAAAAAUGUCGUUAUUAUUGUAUUUAUUUAUGAGUGUUCGCUAACAACCCUAUUUAUAAGACCGGAAGAGCACGUUAUUUAUUUAAAUGUAAACCUUUCAAAGUUUUUCGUAACCAAACCAAACAUUAGCACAUAAGAAGAAAUGGUUCGUUAUUCUGUGUUACGAGGUCUCUACGACCUCGAGAAAACGAUAGGCUGUGGAGGAUUUGCCAAAGUAAAGUUAGCUACACACACUGCAACCGGCGGUAAGGUCGCCAUUAAGAUCAUGGAGAAAACCUGCCUCGGCAAAGAUCUACCCCGCGUUAAGCUCGAAUUGAAAGCCCUAAAGACGUUGUCGCACAAAAACAUAUGUAAGCUGUACCAGGUGCUCGAAACGGAGACGCACUUCUUCAUCGUAACCGAGUACUGCGCAGGCGGCGAGCUUUUCGAUCACAUCGUCGAGCGAAAUCGACUGUCCGAGCACGAGAGCAGGAAGUUCUUCAGGCAAAUACUAUCGGCGGUUGCCUACCUGCACAGUUUGGGGUACGCGCAUCGCGACCUGAAGCCGGAGAACAUCUUGUUGAGCAGCGAUCAGUCGUUGCGCCUCAUCGAUUUUGGUCUGUGCGCGAAGCCGGAUGGCGGCAUCGAGACUCCGCUGACGACGGCGUGCGGGUCGCCGGCGUACGCUGCCCCCGAGUUGGUGAUGGGGCAGUCGUAUUGUGGCAGCGAGGCGGAUGUGUGGUCGAUGGGAGUGCUGCUGUACGCUUUACUGACCGGAAGUCUGCCCUUUGACGACAUGAAGAUAGACGCGCUGUACAAAAAAAUUUUGAGCGGAAAAUAUUACGAGCCGCUGUUCAUGUCGAAAGCGAGCAGAGACUUGAUCAGAUCGAUGCUGCAAGUAGAUCCGAAGCAACGCAUAACGAUUACAAAACUACUGAGCCACCCCUGGAUUACCGCGUGCGGCGUCCUCGACCCGGUCACAUUUUACGCGGAGAACAAUCGCGCCAGAGAUAAGGAAUGCGUCGAUCUGAUGGCGAACAGCCAGAACGCGACGCCGGAGGCCGUUUGGACCGAGCUGAAGAAGUGGAAGUACGACUACAACACCGCGACCUACUUCAUAUUGAGGCACCGGAACGCGCUGGGUGUACCGUUGAGACUCAGCCCGCACCCGUUACGCGCGCCGGCUAAGCCUAGACCGAGUGCGAGAACGACUCUAGGAGAGAACACGGAGAAUCUUCCCACUGUCGUUAUAACACCCAUUAGUCGAAGGUCUUCGGCAGUACGACAGCCAAAGAAGAGAAUUCGGAGUCCAGUUUUAGAACCAGAUGUCGCUCAAGUUCCCGUUAAGAAAAUAAAGAAGACGCCCACACCUGACGUCGUCAAGGCUCGAACUCCCGAUUUGAGGCACGCCAAGCCGGCAACGCCUGGAUCGGCGAGACGCGUUCUGGGCACGAUCGAGAGAUCGCUGCACCGCGUCCGUCACGUAUUGACGCCGAGAAAGACGCCGAACGACCCGCAACAACCCGCAAUUCUCACCAGCAAAGAUCUGUGCAACGUGUCGAGCACCGAGUACAAGGAUCCCGAAUUUGUAAUCAGUCAACUUUCUGAGGCGCUGGAGAAGAAGGGCAUUGCGUGCGAGCGCGAGGGAUUCUGUCUCAGAGGGAAAGUGGAACCGAACGCAACGCGCAGAUUGAACGGUUGUUCGUUCGAGCUGGAAAUAUGCUAUUUACCGUGCUUAGAUUUACAUCCUAAGGUGCCCUCGGGCGGCGAGUCGACGCCCACCAAGUCGAUCCUGAAAAAUUCUAAUUACAGUCCGGGGCCGCGCAGGACCUUGUUCCCCGUCGUCAGGUUACCAACGGCGACCGUUGGGAUACGAAGAAAGCGAUUGAAGGGCGACUCUUGGUGCUAUAAGACUGUCAUGGAGGAGAUAUUGGCGCUCACCGCCAUCGAUUUGAAGCAAUCGUUUGAAUCGGCCGUGUAAAUUUCAAGCGAUUUGCUAUAGUCCUUUUUUUAGUUUGCGAGUGCAUUAGUCUUUAUGGUUGUGGUUAAAUUAUACACAGAAUAUUUUUAGUUUCUACAGAUUGUGAACCGAAUAAAAAUUUUUUUUGAAUAUA